CGGCUGCAGCUUCAACCACACACCGCGGUCCGCAGUUCACACGCAUUAAAAACGCAACCGGAGUCGCACCCACCACCGCUCACCUGCUCUGCGGCCUCCAGCAGCCCACGCCCUCCCGCCGGCUGCCCAUGCCGCCGCCGCCUGAGGACCAUCCCAUGCCGCGGCCGAAGCCGAAGCCGAAGCCUCCCAAGCCCAGGCCCAGGCCGGAGACGAUGAAGCCGGAGCCGGUGCGCGACCAGACCGACGGCGUCCUCCCGUUCCCUGCCGACCCCAUGGCCUGCGCCGCCCACUGCUCGGAGCCGUGCGCCCACUACGGCCUCUGCCGGCCGCCGCCGCCCUCGCGCACCGCCACCGUGCACCUCCGGCCCUCCUCUCGCCUCCCCACCCCGCUCAUCGCCCUGUCGGCGUCCGUCCUCGCCGUGUCCGUGCUCCUCCUCCUCGUCCUGCUCGUCUGCCACGUCGUGCGCCGGCGCCGGCGCCAGGCCGCCAACGCCGCGCCGCUGCACCACCAGGUCGCCCAAGCGGGGCUUCCGGCCGACAUGGCGGUCCCGGUGCCGGCGGACAGCGACUCCGACGACGGGGUGCACCACGUGUGGUACAUACGCACCGUGGGGCUCGACGAGCGCGCCAUCGCGGCCAUCACCGCGCUAGUGUACGACCCCGACAAGUGCCGCGCCCUGGGGCUCGGCGGCGACGGCUGCGCGGUGUGCCUCGCGGAGUUCCGCGGCGGGGAGACGCUGCGCCUGCUGCCGCGGUGCGCCCACGCGUUCCACCGCGGCUGCAUCGACACCUGGCUCCGCGCCCAUGUCAACUGCCCGCUCUGCCGCGCUCCUGUCAAGGUCGCCGCUGGCGCUCACCAGACCGCCGCCCCCGGUAACGACGCGAGCGAGCCCGCGGCGAACCUAGCCGCGGCCGCUGGUGCAGGCGCCGAGGAGACCGGGGGCGACGGCGUCCUGUCCACGGAGAUGGCUGUGAGGCGCGCCGCGUCCAUGGUGGCGCUCCCGAGGCUGCCGUGGCCGGACGUCUCCCUACGGCCGCUGGCGUCGAACAGUGCGCGCGAGGGGGAGAUGGGCCUAGCGAAGAUCAGUAGAGCGCUGAAAUCGUGCGAAGCGUUGGAGAUGGCCCGCGUCGCGGUAGGCAGGUCGGCGUCGUUUGGCGCCGUGCCGCUACGUUUGCCGUGGCGGUCAGGCCAGCCGGCCGCAGGCAGCAACGCCGAUGAGAUCCAACGUUGAACUGCGAUCGAUGCUGCUGCUGGAGCGAAAGUUUUUGGAGGGAACAGCGUGAGCUUGUGCGUACACCGUGAGAAUGUCAGAAAUUGUAAAUAAGAAUUACUGACGCAAAAGAUGUGCUCCCUUGUAGUAUGUGAUAAUCUAAUAAGCUAUGAACAUCUUAGUAGAUAUGAACAUCAUAAGCGCAUGUUCAUCUUCUGGUUCAUAUACAUGAGCUUACAAAAAUAUGUAUGUUGAUACAAAAAAAAAUGUAUGCUCAUCGAUUUCAAGUUUCUUUUAA